UGAUUUCCCACCCUAGGCGGCGGCGUAGUGCUCCCUCCAUCUGCUAGACUUUUUGAUGCACCCACAUCACACCCACACCCACCAGCGCGAGACUGCCAUGGCCCCAACGCCGGAGGAUCCAGCCGCCGACGACUCCGAGCCCUUCUCGCCGUCCAUCUUCCUCGACCUGCCUCCGACACCCCACCCUGGUGACGAUGGCAAGGACUCGAUGAUAGACCUCCAUUUCAUCAGGCGCUUGCUCAUGGAGGACGACGACGUCCAGUUCCAGUAUGCCGACCACCACGCGCUCCUUCAGGCCGCUGAGGAGCCCUUCGCUCAGAUCCUCGCGGGCUCGGCUGGAUCCUCUGUUUCCGGCUCGGCAACAGCCGACACGACAGCAAUUUACUACCCAGACGGUACGGGAUUCCAUUUCCAUCAGCAGACUGCAGGCCCUACGAGUACGACUGGAGAUGACGGGGUAGUAACCAUGGACAUGCUCAACCGGGCGUUCCUCAAGGGUAUGGAAGAGGCCAACAAGUUCUUGCCCGUCGUCGCCAGCAGCACCCACACCAGCCUGCUGUGUCGUGACUAUGCCUCCAAACACAGAGUGGUGGAUGGGAUUGGGAUGCCAUUAUUCUUCCAGGAGAGUAGUGGUAAUAACCGUAGAGGCAGGGGCUGCCACCAUGAUGAUGACGGCGACGACGAGGCCGACACUAGAAGCGCCAAGCUGAUUGCACCAGAGCUGGAGGAAAGCGGCGAGGUGACCGACGGCGUAUUUCUCAGAGGCUACGAGGUGGCCCUGGAGAAAAUGAACGGCUUGAGCACCAACGUGCCUGGUGCCAUGUCACGGCAGGGACAGGGGAGGCAGCAGAGGAGCAGCGGCAACGAGGCAGUAGACCUGCGCACCUUGCUCGUCCACUGCGCAGAGGCCGUGUCCACAGGCAACCGCCCCGGAGCGACGGAGCUGCUGCGGCAGAUCAGGCAACGCUCCUCGCCGAGGGGAGACGCCUCGCAGAGGCUAGCACAUUGCUUCGCCCAGGGACUCGAGCUGCGGCUAGCCGGCACCGGCGCAAAGCCGAAGCGCGCCCCGGCUGGUGUCCACCUCCUGAAGGCAUACCUGCUGUCCAUGCAAGUUUGCUGCUUCAGAAUGGUAGCCUUCAAGUCCUGUCAUAUGGCCAUCAGCAAGGCCGUCGCGGGGAGGAAGAAGGUGCACAUCGUGGACUACGGCGUGGACCACGGCUUCCACUGGCUGCUCCUGCUGGGUGCCUGGGCCACCCGGGUGGGUGGGCCGCCGGAGGUGAGGAUCACCGGCAUCGACUUCCCCCAGCCUGGGUUCCGCUCGGCUACCCGGACCGAGGGGGCUGGGCGCCGGCUCAGCGACUUCGCCCGCCAGUGCGGCGUCCCGUUCAAGUUCCGCAGCAUCGUCGCCACCAAGUGGGAGAUGAUUUUUGCCGAGGACCUCGAGAUAGAGCCAGAUGAGGUGCUCGUCGUCAAUGGUCUCUUCUACUUCGGGAAACUCAUGGACGACGAGGGCGUCGACGGAGACUGCCCGAGCCCUAGGGACAUGGUCCUCGGCAACAUCAGCAGGAUGCGGCCGGAGGUGUUCGUCCUCUACGUCGACAACAGCUCGCACAACGCGCCCUUCUUCGCGACGCGGUUCAGGGAGGCGCUCUUCUACUACUCUGCGCUGUUCGACAUGAUGGACGCGACGACGCCGCGGGACAGCGACGACCGCGUCUUGGUCGAGCGGGAGCUGCUGGGGCGGUGUGCCUUGAACGUUAUCACCUGCGAGGGCUCGGAGAGGGUGGAGCGACCCGAGACGUAUAGGCAGUGGCAGGUGCGGUGCAGCAGGGCAGGGCUCAGGCAGCUGCCGCUGGAUCCUAGCACGGUCAAGUGUUUGAGUGAUUUGGUCAAGGAGGGCUACCACAAGGACUUUGUCAUCGAUGUGGAUCAGCAGUGGCUCCUCCAGGGCUGGAAGGGACGCAUACUCUAUGCCAUGUCCACAUGGGCAGCAGAUAGAUAGGUACUGUAGCUAGCAUUUUAAGGCUAUCAAAUUUGUGCAUGUUUCUAUAUUAUUUCGACGUCGUUCAUCCUAACACGGGCCCUGAAUAGUUAGUUCCGUGUGAUAUACUAUGAUAUCUAUGAUAUAGUUAGUUCCGUGUG